GCUUCUACUUUUGAAAGGAUCCUCAUCUCGAACUGGUUAAACAUGUCCUUCAUGCAAAUCACAAAUAGCCUAUUAUAUCACACUACAAUCACACUUUGCCCUUUAUUUGAGUGCACCUGAUGGAUUGCUCGCAUGGUUCAAACUGGGGCCUCAUUUCCACUAUGAUGACAGGUCAACCGAUAUCAACCAUGGGAAAGAACAAGCGAGGAACGAUGGAACACCGAGAGGCUCAAAAGGAAAGACAAAGGCAACGUAUGAAGAAAUUGCGUGACAUAAGAACAAUCGGAGAAGAAGAUGUGGAUAGAAGAUCAAUGCAUGGAUGCAAGAGUGUGGUGAGGACAAGAUCUUUGCAUUGUGUCACGAGUACAGAUAAUCACCCAUGGACAUUGUACACUAGGGAUUAUUCAUGUUUUUGUUCUGAUUGCAUUUUGGAAAACUAUGUUGAUUGCAAGAACCAAGACCUUGGAUAUGUCAGUGAAUGGAAAUUGGUGCCACUAGAUAUUUCUAACACAUACAAGGAAAAUGAGGAUGAAAUCUUUGAAGACAUUCCUUUGAUUUUUGCUGAUUAUGACCAUAUUUCAGGAUUGAUUAAAGAAGGAAUAUGCACAGGGAUGGAUGAUGAGGCCACUACAGAUCGCUCCACAUCCCAUUUUUGCAUGAUUCAUGGUAGGAGAUGUCAGACCAGCAUGACUGAGGAUAUGGAACUAGCAAAUAAAUUGAUGGACAUAUUGUUUUCUUGUCAACUGCAGACACAAGAUGCAGCAAUGACAUCUGAUAUUCCUCCCGCAAUUAUUGUAGCUGCAACAUCGAUGCCUGAGGGUACCCCCUCCGUGUCUAGGCCUGGUCCUUAG